UCCCGUGAUCUUUUGACUGUCACACAUGGACUUCCAAAAAUCUCUAAAGGAAACUGUCCUCAUUACAGGAGGAGGUGGCUAUUUUGGUUUCCGCCUAGGCUGUGCUCUGAACCGGAAAGGAUUCCAUGUGAUUCUGUUUGACAUCAGCAGCCCUGCUCAUUCUAUUCCAGAAGGAAUCAAGUUUAUCCAUGGAGACAUUCGCCACCUCUCUGACGUGGAGAACGCCUUCCAGGAUGUGGAUGUCACGUGUGUGUUCCAUAUUGCCUCUUAUGGCAUGUCAGGGUGGGAGCAGCUGAAUCGGAGCCUGAUUGAAGAAGUCAAUGUGGGGGGCACAGACAAUAUCCUCCAGGUUUGCAGGAGGAGAGGGGUGCCAAGACUUGUUUACACCAGCACUUUCAAUGUCAUCUUUGGAGGUCAAGUUAUCAGAAAUGGAGAUGAAUCUCUGCCUUACCUACCUCUUCACCUCCAUCCUGAUCACUACUCUCGGACCAAGUCUAUUGCAGAGAAGAAGGUGCUGGAGGCCAAUGGUACCAGCCUGGUAAGAAGUGAUGGUGUCUUAAGAACCUGUGCUCUGCGCCCGGCUGGUAUCUAUGGGCCUGGAGAACAAAGGCACCUUCCCAGGAUAGUGAGGUACAUUGAGAGGGGUCUGUUCAAGUUUGUGUACGGAGAUCCUAGGAGCCUGGUUGAAUUUGUCCAUGUGGAUAACUUGGUACAGGCUCACAUUCUGGCCUCAGAGGCUCUGAAAGCUGACAAGGGCCACAUUGCCUCUGGGCAGCCCUACUUCAUUUCAGAUGGCAGGCCCGUGAACAACUUUGAGUUCUUCCGGCCUUUGGUUGAGGGCCUAGGCUACACGUUCCCAUCUGUCCGCCUGCCAUUGACCCUCAUCUACUGCUUUGCUUUCCUAACAGAAAUGGUUCACUUCAUUUUAGGUCAACUCUACAACUUCCAGCCCUUCCUCACCCGCACAGAAGUUUACAAAACUGGCAUCACACAUUACUUUAGCCUAGAGAAGGCCCAGAAGGAGCUCGGUUAUGAGCCUCAGCCAUUUGACCUCCAGGAAGUAGUAGAAUGGUUUAAAGCCCAUGGUCAUGGCAGAAGUCCUGGGAAUCAUGACUCUGAGUGUCUUGUUUGGGAUGGGCUGAUGGUCUUACUCUUGGCUAUAGCAGUUCUCACGUGGCUGCCCGCUUUUGUGGUUCUGUCACUAUGAGGGAACUAGAAAUAAGGACCUGAACACACUUGCUGAGAUGGUUUUCAAGAACUGUGGGUUUAAAAUGU